AUGGAGCAUCUUCUAGAGUUGUUUAAACCAAAAUUUCUUCCUACACCAGAAGCUGAUCCGACAUUAGUUGUUUUUGAGAAAGAGAUUCAGCCUGAAGUUAAUCAUCCUCCUGAACAACAAGUCGUUUCUCAAUCUGAGACUGGAACAACUUCUAGAGCUGAUAAGCCUUCUGAAUAUGACUCCAUGCCUUUGGUAGUGUUGAAGACUCUAGAAGAACUCAUGCAAGAGAAUAAAGCCAUUAGAAAUCAUUUAGAAAAUAAAGAUGAGAUGUUUAAGGAAUAA